GGGCGGGGGCUGCGCAGGCGCAGUGAGCGCGGCAGCAUGGCGUCCAGGCCCAAGCGGCGCGCCGUGGGCGGUGGGACCCCGCAGCCGCCCGGCGCCCCGGUCCCGUGCCACGAGGAAGAAGAGAACGAGGAAACGGAGGACCAGGACGACGACGACGACGACGACGAAGGGGACAGCGACGAGGAAGAGGAUGAAGACGAGGUUGUGGGCGAGGAAGUGAACGUUGAGUUUGAAGCUUACUCCAUCUCAGACAGCGAUUAUGACGGAAUUAAGAGAUUGCUGCAGCAGCUUUUCCUAAAGGCACCUGUCAACACUGCAGAGCUGACAGAGCUCUUAAUCCAGCAGAACCACAUCGGGAGUGUGAUUAAGCAAACGGAUGUUUCGGAAGACAGUGACGACGACGUGGACGGAGAUGAGGUUUUUGGUUUCAUAAGCCUUCUCAAUCUAACCGAACGCAAGGGGACCCCGUGUGCCGAGCAGAUCAAAGCGCUGGCUCUGCGCGGCUGUGCGAAGAGCUGUGAGAAGAGCGUGGUGGAGCAGCUGGACAGGCUCCUCAGCGACAGCUCCCGGCCCGUGGGCCUGCUCCUGAGCGAGCGCUUCGUCAAUGUCCCCGCGCAGAUCGCGCUGCCCCUGCACCGCCAGCUCCAAAAAGAGCUGGCGGAGGCACACAAGACCAACAAGCCGUGUGGGAAGUGUCACUUCUACCUUCUGAUCAGCAAGACGUUUGCGGAAGCAGGAAAAAACAAUUCCAAAAAGAACCAGAGCAGCCAAAAGAAAGAUGAGUUAAUGUUUACAAAUGCAGAGGAAGAAUUUUUCUACGAGAAGGCGGCCCUGCGGUUCAGCUACUCGGUGCAGGAGGAGAGCGACUCCUGUCUGGGCGGCCGGUGGUCCUUCGACGAUGUCCCGAUGCAGCCGCUGCGUACCGUGAUGCUGGUGCCGUGUGACCGGAUGGGCGAGGUCAUGGCCGCGCUGGAGGAACACCUGUCUGUCUAGCCGCUCCCCGCGGGGGUGCUUGUGCAACCACAGAACACCCAGGAGCUUCACCGACAAACUCCAGACUGAGAUUUAGCUUUUCUGCACAAAGUAGGGUCCUGUGGCCUGUGUCUGUGACACAGUCACAAAAUAGUGUUUAACAUUUCUGGUCAAAUUAUGAAUGGUGGGUUAAAAACCUUCCCCAUGAGAAGAAAAACGUGGAGUAGUAAUUUAAAGAACUCAAUAAAAACUUCUAUAUUUUAUUUUUAAAUAAUA